CUCACCAGACAGUGCUGGAUCUGAAAUGAAUGUAAACAUGGCCUUACUAAGCAGACAUGGCUCUAUCUUGAGUCUCAUUCGGAAUUGUUUAAAUGUAACGUCUCCACAGUCUUAUCUUCUUCCAACAUGCACCCACGUUCAACAUAUGAAUUAUGCCAAACCAGCAAUGCCCAAGAUGAAAGGAAAAGCAAAGCUUGGUCCAGCUGUUGAGAAAGUGCGUCUUCCAGUAGAGACUGACCCCGUGAAGUUAGCAAAUUAUGUAUGUGGAUCAGACCCAGUGAAGGAAAAUCCACAAGAUAUCCAGUUGAAAGAUGAUUCUGAAUACCCAGAUUGGCUGUGGACUCUAAGGACAGGUAAACCACCACCUCUGAGGGACAUGGACCCCAACACAAAGCAGUACUGGAGGAGAUUACGAACGAUGGCCAUGAAAGAAAAGAAUCUGCUCAGGAAAACAAGAAGGCGAUAGGGAGAACACCAAAGUUGCUUGAAAAGGCUGAAUUUUUUUGCCAUCUGCUGUUCUAGUAAAAAUUUGACUAUGUACAUAAUUUUGUUGUUUUGAUUUUGUAUAAAGAAAUAAAUAGAUAAAAGAUCAAAAA